CCGCAAAUCUCUAGAAACCUUACCAUCCAAUGGUCAGUAAGUGGAUAAUGUGGAAAAUUUGAUUGGUUAGCAGAGAACUGGUCACUAUCUGUGAAUUGAAUUUGCUGUGCUGUUGUGUUAUACUGGUAUAAAUUACUCUAUUGAAGAUGCAAGGGGCAAAGCCUCACUUCAAUUGUAUGUCUAGAUUGGAGAUUUAAGAGGGUGUUUUAGUCAGAGGUGUAUAAAUGUCUAUAUAAAAGUGUAUCAAAACUUUCCCCGCCACAAACAGGUAAUUUUGUUAGAUAUGGCGUUACGAUUGUUGAUGCCAUCGCUUACCAAGAAAGCUUCAAUUCCUGUUUGUUAUCCAUGUUUCUCGAAGUUAAAUUCGUUAUCCUUCUUUAGUUCUGAGUCGAGUUUGAUUCAUCAAUUGCGAAGAGAAAGUUUAGUGAGUUCUCGCCAAUGUAGAAAGCAUAUUAGGAAGAGUAUUACUACAUCUUGUUUGAAACUAGAAGAGCAAAAUGUUAGUGAAACUGAAAAUAAGUGGGGGAAAGUAUCGGCUGUGUUGUUCGAUAUGGAUGGUGUUCUUUGUGAUAGUGAAGAACCAUCUCGAAUGGCUGGGGUUGAUUUGUUUGCGGAGAUGGGAGUGGAAGUUACAGCUGAAGAUUUUGCACCUUUUACUGGAACUGGGGAGGCAAAUUUUCUAGGAGGUGUUGCUUCUCUGAAGGGAGUUGAGGGAUUUGAUACUGAGGUGGCAAAGAAGCGUUUUUUUGAAAUAUAUCUUAGUAAGUUUACAAAACCAGACUCUGGAAUAGGAUUUCCUGGUGCUCUUGAACUCAUCACAGAGUGUAAAAAAAAUGGUCUGAAAGUAGCCGUUGCUUCCAGUGCUGAUCGGAUCAAGGUUGACGCAAAUUUAGCAGCUGCUGGUUUACCUUUAUCAAUGUUUGAUGCAAUUGUAUCAGCAGAUGCGUUUGAAAAUUUGAAACCUGCGCCAGAUAUUUUUUUAGCUGCGUCAAAAUACUUGAAUGUGCCCCUUUCUGAGUGUAUUGUCAUUGAGGAUGCACUAGCUGGAGUUCAAGCUGCAAAAGCUGCACAUAUGAGAUGUAUAGCUGUGACAACAUCAUUACCAGAAGAAACUCUGAAACAAGCUGGCCCAGCUCUUAUCAAGAAGGAGAUCCAAAAUAUCUCAAUUCAAGACAUUCUUGGUGGUGGUGGUGUUUCUGGUUGUGAUAAUGAUGCUCAGUAUGUUUCUUCUGUGGUUCAAACUUCCGGGGAGAUGUUUCAAGAUAACAUAGAAGGUGUUUCAUCCACGAAUACACAAUCUAGCAAGGAGGAAAUCCUUGCUGCUGGAGGGUUUCAGGGUUCUCGACGAAAUAUCUUGAAAUAUGCAAGUUUGGGUAUUGCUCUGUCUUGUGUCGCUUUCGCAGUCAGCAAUUGGAAGGCAAUGCAGUAUACGUCUCCAAAAGCUAUUCAGAACUUGUUGUUUGGGGUCAGCCGUCCUACUUUUGGACAGAAUGAAGGACAAGCACAAUCCGCAAGAGUCCAACAAUUUGUGAAUUACAUAGCAGAUGUGGAGGCCAGGGGGUCUGCUCAAAUUGUGCCUGAGUUUCCAUCUAGACUUGAUUGGAUUAAUACAGCUCCACUUCAGUUGCGCAAGGAUUUGAAAGGAAAGGUUGUGUUGUUGGACUUUUGGACCUAUUGCUGUAUAAACUGUAUGCAUGUGCUUCCAGACCUAGAUUAUUUGGAGAAAAAGUAUAAGGAUCAGCCAUUCACUGUCGUUGGGGUGCAUUCAGCUAAAUUUGACAACGAGAAGGAUCUAGAAGCUAUUCGGAAUGCGGUGUUACGCUAUGACAUCACUCACCCAGUUGUGAACGAUGGAGAUAUGUAUUUAUGGAGAGAAUUAGGUGUAAGUUCAUGGCCCACUUUUGCUAUCGUUAGUCCCAGUGGUAAGCUCUUAGCACAAAUAGCAGGCGAAGGUCGUCGUAAGGAUCUUGAUGACUUAGUGGAGGCGGCUCUUUUGUUUUACGGUGAGAAAGAGAUCUUAGACAGCACUCCUCUUCCUCUGACAUUGGAGAAGGACAAUGAUCCACGUUUAUUGACGUCUCCACUAAAGUUUCCUGGCAAGCUGGCAGUUGAUCUUUUAAACAAUAAGUUAUUUAUUGCAGACAGUAACCAUAACCGCAUUGUUGUAACAGACCUAGAGGGUAAUUUUGUUGUUCAAAUUGGAAGUACGGGCGAGGAGGGUCUACAGGAUGGUACUUUCGAUACUGCCACUUUCAACCGUCCUCAGGGACUGGCAUACAACCCAAGGAAAAAUUGUCUAUAUGUCGCCGACACUGAAAAUCAUGCCCUGAGGGAGAUAGAUUUUGUAAAUGAGCUGGUGAAGACUCUUGCUGGAAAUGGAACCAAAGGUUCCGACUAUAAGGGAGGGCGAAAAGGGACCACUCAGCUCCUCAAUUCCCCAUGGGAUGUUUGCUUUGAGUCCACCAGUGAGAUGGUUUACAUUGCAUUGGCUGGUCAGCAUCAAAUCUGGGAGCAUAAUACUUCAGAUGGAGUUACUAGAGCUUUUAGUGGUGAUGGUUAUGAAAGAAAUUUGAAUGGUCCAAACUCUUCGAGCUCGUCAUUUGCACAACCUUCUGGAAUUUCACUAUACCCUGGUAAGAUGGAGAUUUAUGUUGCGGAUAGUGAAAGUAGUUCAGUCAGGGUACUUGACCUGAAAACAGGAGGAACAAAACUGCUAGCUGGAGGUGAUCCAGUUUUCUCAGACAAUUUAUUUAAGUUUGGCGAUCAUGAUGGAGUGGGUUCUGAUGUACUACUCCAGCACCCGUUGGGUGUCUUAUGUGCAAAAGAUGGUCAAGUUUAUGUGGCAGAUUCUUAUAAUCACAAGAUCAAGAGACUAGACCCAACGAGUAAGAGAGUGGUCACAUUGGCGGGGACUGGACGUGCUGGUUUUAAGGAUGGAUCUGCUCUAUCAGCACAGCUUUCAGAGCCGGCAGGACUUGUUGAUGCAGGAAACGGAAGACUUCUGAUUGCUGACACAAACAAUAGUGAGAUCAGAUACAUAGAUUUGAACGACCAGGACCCCAAACUCCUUACUUUAGAGCUAAAAGGAGUUCAGCCUCCCACAAAAAAACCCAGGUCCUUGAAACGCCUUAGAAGGCGGUCUUCAGAUGACACGAAGAGUAUUACGGUCGACGGAGGUUCUUCAGCAGAAGGCAAUUUGUAUCUUAAACUAUCAGUACCUGAAGGAUAUCAUUUUUCUAAGGAAGCACGUAGCAAAUUCACUGUUGAACUCGAGCCAGAAAACUCAGUAGUUAUUGAACCCUUGGAUGGGACUCUUAGUCCAGACGGGUCAGCAUCACUUCAUUUUAAGAGACCGUCAACUUCCCCUGCCGUGGGAAGAAUAUACUGCAAGGUUUACUACUGCAAGGAAGAUGAGGUUUGCCUGUAUCAAUCUGUGGCUUUUGAAGUACCCUUCCGCGAGGAAGUUCCGAAUUCAGCUACUGCAGAAAUUAUACUUCCAUUUAUGGUUCAGCCCAGAAUCCCUGGAGGUGGCUUGGAACUACCUGCUGCCCGUUAAAAGAAGUCGUAAUGUACAUAUACUGUAGCAUAUAUCUGCAUAAGAAAACCACAUGUCAUUAUAGACCACCCAGAUAUUUUUCCCCAAGUUACAAGCAAUUGCAUUUUAUGUUACCUAUGCGGAACGACUGUUGUUUAAAAUCUGUACUUUUCACCAACUUGAACUGCUAGAAUUUAUCUACUCAAUUUUCAAAUGUAUUUUUAGAUUCAAUAUAUGGUUUGACUCUGGAUCAUGCUAUAGUUCGAUUAGCAGUUGUACAUGAGGGCCAUGUUGGAUGUCAAGCCAAGCUUCAGAAUCCAAUGUGCAAUGUAGGUCUUACAUUUAGAUUAGAAUGGUGCGUAUAAUCUUCUCAAGAAUAAUCGUUGCGAUUUUUUUGUAUCUUCAUUUUUUGGAAAUGGGUAGUGCAGCGCAGGGACUCCAACUACUUGCCUGAAGUAUGAAAGUCAGUACGAGAGUUAUCUCCUAGCCAACAUUUCGAUGCAUCGUACAAUCUGCACGUUCUACGCAUCACCCACAUUUUGCUAUGUUGAGGCCAUGAUCGUUGGAGUUUGUUUUUGUACAGGCAAGAAAGUGUAAAAUCUGAAUUGGAUACGUUCCCAUAAACGGUGGUGGUGGAUGAUGAUGGAAUAAAGAUGCAAAUUUUCAGAUUUAGAGGUACCAAAACAUGUGCAAUCACAAAUUCAAAUUUAGAGAGACCAAAACAUGUGCAAUCACGUGUACUCGAUCGUUUUCAACGCAUUCAACAGUGGAGUAAAAAGUUAUUUCCAAUGGUGAAAACUGAAAAGUGAACUCUGCAUGAAGCGCCAAGAGCUGGAACCGGUUAGUCACCAGAGGAUAUUUUGUGGUUGCAUACAAAUGUCCAUAGUGUAUUACAAUUCUGUACAACCAAAUCUCUGAACCUGAUGUCUAUUACAAUUCCAACAAGUCUGUCUGGAAUCUGCCUGGUUGGUGAAAUCUAAUUACACCACUAUUUGGUUUUCUGGUUUUUUCAACAUCCUAUGGUAAAAAGACUUUGAGUAAAUGGUACUACCUUUGUACUAGUUUUGUAAUUUUUAAUGUAGAACAGUUUAGAGUCA